CGCACCACCGCCGCCCGACCUUUCGAACCUUUCGAAACCCGAUUCAGUUUACCAAGAUGACCUUCCCCGACGGAACCAUCGCGUACGACGCCGACGGCGUCGUUUUGGCCGGCGACAUGACCGAGGACCAGGUCAAGGCUUGCCUCGCCGCGGGCGCCAAAUCCUGGCUCUACCUCAACGAGGAGUGCAACAAGGCGUGCCCCAAGGCCGCCGUCGAGGCCGCGUCCGUGCCCUUCGAGAUGGUCCCCCUCAUGACUCCCGCGAGCCUCACCAACGAGUGUGUCGAUAAGCUCGUCGCCUACGUCGACUCCGCCCCGAAACCCGCCGUGAUCCAGUGCAGCACCGCCACCCGAGCGAGCAUCCCGUACAUCCUCCACAAGGCCAAGACGGACAAGCUCCCGGCGGCUUCCGCCAUGGCCCUCGCGGCUUCGAUGACCCCGCCUCUCAAGUUCCUCGAGAAGCCCCCGCUCGCCUCCGCGGUCAAGCGCGCGCUCACCCACGCCAACAGGAAGCCCGUCAUCUUCCGCCAGCUCUUCGACACCUCUGGCUCCUCCACCUACACCUACCUCAUCGCCGACGGCCCCGGCGGCGAGGCCGUGCUCAUCGACCCGGUGCUCGAGAUGGUCGACCGCGACCUCAAGCUCAUCGACGAGCUCGGCGUCAAGCUCAAGUACGCCGUCAACACCCACUGCCACGCCGAUCACGUCACCGGCUCCGGCGCCAUCAAGGCUGCUCGACCCGAGGUCAGGUCGAUCAUAGCCGCCGCGUCGGGCGCGCAGGCGGACAUCAAGAUCGGGCACGGCGACAGGAUCGAGUUCGGAUCCAUGUUCCUGGAGGUGAGGGCCACCCCAGGCCACACCGACGGGUGCCUCUCGUACGUGUGCGACGACAUGGUGUUCACCGGCGACGCCGUUCUCAUCAGGGGUUGCGGCCGCACGGACUUCCAGCAGGGCAGCGCGGACAGGCUCUACGAGAGCGUUCACACGCAGAUCUUCUCCCUCCCGAACGACACCAUCAUCUACCCGGCGCACGACUACAAGGGCCACAGGUGCAGCACCGUCGGUGAGGAGAAGGCGCUCAACCCCAGGCUCGGCUCUGGGAAAACCAAGGAUGAGUUUGUCGAGAUCAUGGCCAACCUCAACCUGCCGUACCCCAAGAAGAUCGACGAGGCGCUCCCGAAGAACAUGGUGUGCGGAAUCCAGGAGGGCAUGCCCACCCCGGCGUGA